UUCCGGCGGAGGGGCUGGAUGCUCCGGCUCUCGCUAGAAGGGCUCUGCCUUCUCUGAGUUCUGCCCAACACCUAGGAAGGACCACACAGGAAAGAGAAGACUAUGGCUACUGGGCCUCUGCCAUUGAGAGCUCAGGGCAUCAGCUUUCCAAACCAAAUGUUAUUUCCCAGCUGGAACAAGAAGAACUGAGCUGGGGGGAAAAAGAACUUCUGGGUUGCCUCUCUCCAGACUGGGAGACAAGACUUGAAACCAAAGAGUCAACUCCAAAGCCCAACAUUACUGAAGAUUUUUCCCAUGAGGUAAUAAUGGAAAGGGAAGGUCUCUGGCAUUCCACUUUAGGGGAAACCUGGAAACCUGAUAAUUGGUUAAAAGGGCCACCAAAAAACCAAGAUAGACAUUUGGGCCAAGUGGCAGUUACUCAUAAGGAAACCCUCUCUGAGAGGAGGGUCUGUGGAAGUAGUGAAUUUGAAAGAUAUUCCAGUCAGGGUUCACUCCUUGAUACACAACACAGUAUUCCUAUGGGCAAGAAGCCCCACAAUUGGAAUUUCUAUGGAGAAGAUGCCAAACAAAAUUCUGAAUUAAUUAAAAGUCAAAGAAUGUUUGUAGUGAAGAAACUCUAUGAGUGUAAUGAGUGUGGGAAAGCCUUCAGCCAGAGUUCAUCCCUUCUUAAGCACCAGAGGAUUCAUACUGGUGAGAAACCACAUAAGUGUAAUGUGUGUGGAAAGCACUUCAUUGAAAGUUCCUCCCUUACUGUACAUCAAAGAAUUCAUACUGGGGAGAAACCCUACAAGUGUAAUGAAUGUGGAAAAGCCUUCAGUCAGAGCAUGAACCUUACUGUUCAUCAAAGAACUCAUACUGGAGAGAAACCCUAUCAGUGUAAAGAAUGUGGAAAAGCCUUCCAUAAGAACUCAUCCCUGAUUCAACAUGAAAGGAUUCAUACUGGAGAAAAGCCCUACAAAUGUAAUGAAUGUGGUAAAGCAUUUACCCAAAGCAUGAAUCUUACAGUGCACCAGAGAACUCACACAGGAGAAAAGCCCUAUGAAUGUAAUGAAUGUGGAAAAGCCUUCAGUCAGAGCAUGCAUCUUAUCAUACAUCAGAGAAGUCAUACUGGAGAGAAACCCUAUGAGUGUGGUGAAUGUGGAAAAGCCUUUAGUAAGAGCUCAACUCUUACCCUGCAUCAGCGAAAUCACACUGGAGAGAAGCCCUAUAAAUGUAACAAAUGUGGGAAAUCCUUUAGCCAAAGUACAUACCUUAUAGAACAUCAGAGACUUCAUUCUGGAGUAAAACCAUUUGAAUGUAAUCAGUGUGGAAAAGCUUUCAGUAAGAACUCAUCUCUUACUCAACAUAGGAGAAUUCAUACUGGAGAGAAACCUUAUGAGUGUAUAGUAUGUGGAAAACAUUUCACUGGCCGAUCAUCCCUAACUGUACAUCAGGUUAUUCAUACUGGAGAGAAACCUUAUGAAUGCAAUGAAUGUGGAAAAGCCUUCAGCCAGAGUGCAUAUCUUAUUGAGCAUCAAAGAAUUCAUACUGGUGAGAAACCCUAUGAAUGUGAUCAGUGUGGAAAAGCCUUCAUUAAAAAUUCAUCCCUUAUAGUGCAUCAGAGAACUCAUACAGGAGAGAAACCCUAUCAGUGUAAUGAAUGUGGAAAAGCUUUCAGUCGGAGUACAAACCUUACACGACAUCGAAGAACUCAUACGUGAGAAAAAUUGUGUCACCGGAAUGAAUUUGGAACAACCCUUCACCAUGAUUAACUCUUACAGUAAUAAUAAGUCAUAUAAUGUGGAGGCCUAAUAAAUGUAACAAUUGUGAAAAUAGUUGUAGUAUCAGACAAUACAGAGAGAAACCAUAUAAAAAUGGAGAGAAAUGGUAAAACUUACUGUAGAUCAGAAGGUUCAAGUAGCUCAUAUUCUAAACAAAGAGGAUUCAUGCUGAAUAUAAAUUCUAUUAUUGUAUCAUACUUAAGAAAUGUUUAGGUUUAAUUUAUUCUACUUUGAACAUCAGAGACUUCACACUGGAGAAAAAAAUAUGAGAGAACUUGACAGUCAAAAGACGUAGGAUCUGGUCCCUAAUCUGCCACUAAUUUGAACAAGUCACCUACUCUUAACUCUUAUCAUCUCAGUUUCCUCAUCAGGUACGUGAAGAAUUUGGAUUUAGAACGUCCCCAAGGACCUAAAAUGCUAAAAGUCUAUAAAUAUAGUGAAUAACAGGAAAUCCUUGAUCUUUUACCAUGUUACAUAUGAUAUAGUCUAGAUGCUUUUAUUCUAAACUUGGUUUCCUUGGACGUUCCAAGUCAAAAUUCUCUACCUGUACUGAUCCCAUCCUCCCUUUAUUUCCCUACCUCCACCAUUAUUAUUAUCUUUUCCCCUAAAAUAUCUUUUCCUGGCUCCUACCAGGUGAUGGAAUAACUGUACAGAUCUUAAUGAGAUAGCGUGCUGUUUUGAGUUCUCAAUUGAUAGUCAUUAAACUGUUGUUAAAUAAGCCGAUUAUUUAGAAAACAGUAUAACUUAAGUAUAGUUUUUAAGUACAUGGGAAUCAAAUAUAUAUCCUCGUGUUAUAUUCUGAGUCUGAAAGUGGAAAGGGGAGGGGAGAGAGAGGCUGAACACUAAUAGACCCAGAAAUUUGACAUAAUGUUAACAAAAUCUUUGCAACUCAAAACAUAUUCAAACACAAUCAUAGGAAAUUUUGUAGGUUUUUACAGGUAGUUUUAUAGUUAUGACAGUAGAUAUGUAUUUUCAUAUACUUUUAUUGAGUGCUAAACGUGCUACAUAGGAUGUUAGGCACCAGAAAUAUUAAAAUGAAUAGGACAUAUUUUCUGUUAUCAAGGGCUAAACUAAGAAAAUGGGAUGGGACAGGAAAGGAAGAAUUCAAGUGAUAAUGAGUCAGAAUCUAUGUAACUUGGUAACUGGUUAAAUGUAGGCAGUUGGGUGAGAAAGAAGAGUCUCCAAUGUCUUGAAAUUCUUAUUCAGGUGGAUAGUGGAAUCAUAAUUAAAAGAUACAGAAAAGUUAACCAAUUUUAUGGGGCAAUGAUGAGUUUAGUUUUAGGGCAUUUGGAUGAGUCUGUGAAACAUACAGGCAAAGAUUCCUGGUAGGCAGUAGAAUAAGUAGAAGGUAAGUAAUAAGUCAGAAUCAACUCGAUGGCAAAGGGGUUUUGUUUUGUUUUUGAUGGUACUUCACUGAAUGGGGUAAGUGGAGGCACAGUAAUCAGCAGAAGCUGAGACGAAACAACAAUCAAAAAAAGAAAAAUCAGAAAAAGGUAGUGUCACAUAAGUAUAAGGAAGAGAAUUUUAACAUAGGGAUGGGGUAAUUAAUAUUGUCAGAUGCUAUGGAGGGAUUAAGUAAAAUAUAGAAAUACGUCCAUUGGUUUUAUUGAUAGCUUCUGUAAAUUUCAGUGGGUUGAAAACUGAACUAAAGGUGGAAAAGGACUUAGUGGCUUUAUUGAAAAAGGGAAGAUAGCUAGAUGGGAGUUAGAGAGGGUGUAUAAAGCAGAAUAACUUUUGGCUACAAAUAAUAGAAAGCCCAGUUAACAAUGGCUUAAACAAACAGGGAUUUAUUUUUCUUACGUAACAAGUCUGGGAGUUGUUAGCAUUGGUUCAGAGAGAGGAUCAUAUCAAUACCUUGAAUAUCAUGACAAUGAUGGCUCUCAUAGUGCCAAGUAAAACAUCUGCAUUUGAGGCAGAAAGGAGUGUGGAUAUCACUGGCAACAUCUGGGCCUUUAGUUAGAAGUUUUCCCAGAAGCACCCUGGCAGACUUCUGCUUACAGCUCAUUGUCCAUAACUAUUUUACAUGGCCAUCCUCAGUAGCAAGGGAGGCAGAGAAAAUAAGUAUUUAGCUCUCCCAGCCUCAGUAGUGGAGAUAGGCAAAGAAAAGCAGGUUUUAGAAUGGUAUUGAUUUAGCCAAACAAUUGUCUGCCAGAGACAGUGUUUUAAGAUAGAGAAUUGAACAUGUUUAUAAUUGAAAAGGAGACAAGUGGGAGAAUCUGAAGGUGCAGGAAAGAGGUGGGCGUUCAGUUCACAGUAGGAGAACAGAAUUCAGAGCAUAGGUAGAUGCUGUAGGAAUCAAGAAAUGAUGGGAACGGAAGAAGAAACAUUUGCAGGAA